UAUUCCUUGUGAAAAAAUCUUUAGACCGAUCGAACUGGUCGAGGGCCAAUAGAAGCAAAAGAUUUGAUAGGGAAAUGAUAGAAGGAAGGGAUCCGCCAAUUUAUGUUUCUAAUCCAAUAUAUGAGAAUGUGUGUGGAGCAGGUGCGGAUACACUGAUUAUUUAUUUACCAGGAUUGAAUAAGGAACAUAUAAAGCUUCAAUUGACCCAAAAAGGAAACAUGAGGAUCCAAGUCGAUCCUCACCAUAACAAGAAAUGGAUCAGCUUACAAAAAGAGUUCACUCUUCCAUUAGAGAUUGCGACACUAAGAAUAUUAAAGCAAAGCUUGGAGUUGACAUUCUCUACAUCAUACAACCAACCACUGCCGA